UAUAUCAAAACAGCAAAAAAAAAAAAUCUACUGAAUUACCUAAUUGCCAUCAGGGGCGGACUGACAACUCAUGGGGCCCCCGGGCAAAAAGGGGAUCAUAGGACCCCUGUGUCCUUGCCCAAACUCAAAAAAGCCUAUGAAAAAGGUACCAGGGGCAUCUCAUGGGGCCCCCUCCUGACCCCGGGCCCUCGGGCAGUGCCCGAGUUUCCAAAUGGUCAGUCCGCCCCUGAUUGUCAUAUUA